CCGUAAAUUACUUUUACAAUCUGUAACACUUCAGCGAUACAGAUUGAAUAGAGCCCUAUACGUUACAAAUUUGCAAAACGUGUCAUAUGUUACGAAUUCUGUCUAGGUGGCUAGGCAGCAAAUGUUAGCUAGGCUAAGGGUUAGGGUUAAGUUUAGAAGUUAGGUUAAAGGGUUCAGGUUAGGCGAAGGGUUAGCUAAAAUAGUUAAGGUUAGAGGAAGGGUUAGCUAAAUGGGUUAAGGUUAGCUAACAUGCUAAGUAGUUGCAAUGUAGCUACAAAGUAGUAAGUAGUUGGAAAGUUGCUAAAGUUGUCCAUGAUGAGUUUCGAACUCGCAAACUUUGGGUUGCUAUAUGUUCGUGUUAUACGCCCACCCUACUUUCGUUUCUGCCUUAAGUAACCAUUUGUCUUAUCUAACCACAUUAAACGUAACAUAUACUAAUUUGAGUGUCCCGGAUUUAAAUUGACCAUGUGUCAUCUUGUCUAUGAAACCAGGCUGGCAAAAAUAUGGGCCAAUACAGAGGUGUUGGCUUAGAUCGGUAGUAUUCAAAGUCGGGGCCGCGACCCUUAGCGUGGUUGCAGGAAACUGGAGUCUGGUCUCCAAAGCAUUAAGAGUGCAGAUUAUUGCAUGAGCCAAUACACACACGUUUUCCAGAAAGAUUAUUUGAAAAAUACAAUGUCUUUUAUUUCGCUAAGAGAUGAAAAUGUUAUGAAUUGAAGGUUAUUUGUUGAUGUACAAAUCGAAAUGUAAGGAUUUUAGGUUGUGUCAUGAGAUUUGGGGUGGGUGGGGUCUUUUUUUUGGUCCUAGCUGAAAAAAAAUGAAUUCCACAUGCUUAGAUUGUUGACAACAAGUUAACUAUUAACUAUAUACAACAUAAAUACAUUUGCACAAUGAGCACUUGUCUCUCAAAUACAUUUUUACCUUUGUUGGUUAGCUAGCUAGAGAUUUUUUGCCAUAUUAGCAUGGACGUGACAAAACACCUCAAAACAAGACAUGGUAUCAAGAACAAGAUUUAUGUGUAUUAUUAUUUUGGUUUAUAUACAGAACAAGAUAAAACUAGCUGAAUGGCUCUGCCUCCCAGGCGUGAACCAGGUGCCCAACUCUGUCUGACUGCGAAGUUGGCUCAAAAUUAAGGGGACUUAAUUAAGCACGUGUAGUUAUGGGUACGAUUCUGUGUUUUCCCAUGCAAAUGUGAGAGAGAAAAAAGUGCCUUGCCAAUAAUACCUUGUUUGAAAAUUCAAACAUAGUCUAUAUUUUAUCGUAAAGAGGUUGUAGCUUGUAUUCUUUUAGGACGUGGCGCCAUGUUGCAUGUUGACAACAUGACUGAGUGACGCAGAUUUCUGUUCAUUUGAGAAAAGCGCUCUUCCCUCGUUCACAUCACGGGCCAUACACCAGUGCCCCGCAGUUCAGCAUAAUCGAAUCUGCCCAAUGUUGCUCUCAAUCGGCACACGGCCUUUUGACCCAUUGAAGCGCGCGCAUUGUUUUUGUGACGUGAUCACAUCAGUCGUCUAUAGGUCCGUCGAAGAAAGUUUCUGAUUAGAAAUGUGGCUUGAUUAGUAUAUUUCCAAGAUAUAGCUAGGCUACGUACAGUAAAUCCCUUGAUCGCGGGUGAUCAACUUCGAAGAAAGAAAGCACUUUGGAAUGUAUCGUCAGCAUGCAAAGUCUUUGACCCCAGGUGUGAAGCAGCUAGCUGACCUAGCUGAACACUAGGUGGGCCUACGUUUUGGGGAAAAUGCACUCCAGCGUUGAGGUGCCCCCAAACCCCCAUGUUGCCAGCAACCACAACAGUCCCGGAAACUCAGGUUCCCAGUAUGCCUUGUGUGCCCUGGGGGUGGGACUGGUGGCCCUGGGCAUUGUCAUGAUCGUGUGGAGUGUGGUGCCCUCCGACAUGGCCGGGAACAACAGCAGUGGCACCGGAGGAGGGAACCCGAAACCGGACACAAGGGGGAGGACUUCAUCGGUGGCCUUUGUACUGGUCGGGGCUGGAGUGGCCAUGCUCCUGCUGUCCCUGUGCCUGGGGAUGAGGAACAAGCAGCGGGAGCAGCAGGUGCUCCUAGAGGCCCAGACUCUGGGGGCAGGCAACGUAGCUGCCAGUGAGGACGACGGAGAGACGGCAGAGGAGCGAGCCCAGAGGUACACUGUGCCCAGCUACGAGGAGGCGGUAGGCAGCGGCGAGUACCCCAUACGCCAGAGCAACUUGCGCCACAGCUCGUCCCAGCUGCCCUCCUACGACGACCUGGUGGACGGUGUGCAGAUUGAGCUGGAAGGGUCAGAUGUCACCCAGACGUCACCCACUUCCACUAACCCUGCCUCCUCUGCUGUGCCUAACCGCCGCACUGGGCGAACGGGCCUCAAGCUCCUUCCCCUUAAGAUCCGGAGGAUUAAAUCGGAGAAGCUCUUUAUGAAUAACACGGAUAACUCUCAGCCUCCGGGAGGGAUCACUAUUGAGCCGCUCACUCCGCCACCAAUGUAUGAGGACAAAGCACCCCAGCUCUGAGACUUGGCACCUUCUAGGUUUCAAAGCAGGUUACUGAAGCCGCUGCGUCCCACUAGGCGUGGAUUGGUUGUGCAGUGCUACUAUAGAUGUGAUCAGAUGGCCCUUGUCAUGCAUCUGUGGUUAAAUUGUCUCGAUGGCACUUGUCAUGCCUAUCUGGCUGAGGACUUUUCUUUAGACCUGCAACUCAAGGGCAGUGAGCACUGUUCUGUAUGUGGGGCACUGGCAUUUGAGUAGAUCUUUGGGGCAACUCUAACGUUGCUGGACAGAGGGAACACUUGGACAGAGAGUACACAUCCAAUUUCCGACUAUGAUUACAAGGACAUUGAAGCUUACAAGGACAUUGAAGCUCGGUUCAAAGGAUCGAUAUUAUUGGGGGAAAUACUCAGCAUGUCUUUGAUGCCUUUAAUACUUUACAACGAGUACUUACUCUGGUCCAAAUCUCCUUUUGUAUGCAGUUGACCAUAUUUUAUUUUCCUCUGUCUGCUAUAUCAUUUCAAGUUCCGUCUUCAUCCUCAGUCCAGUCAGCCACGUGUUAUAGAUGUAUUAUUCAUGUCUGAGUUUUGAAUUCUGUACAGCUACUUAGACAGCUGCUCCUCACAUUUUGGGAGAGGUGCUAUUUGGCGACUGAAUCAACGGCCGCCAUACUCAGUCAGUGUUUGUGUGUUGCUGCCUGUGUUGCUCGUCAAUAGAGGACAAUUGAGAGAGACCGAGGCUCAUGGGUAGUUAGAAGCCUUUGCCCUGUAGCCAUGGUGAAAUGGGAUUGGGCUCUGAAGGCCGUAGUGUAGUCCAGCUCUUUUCCUUGACUUUUUUUUUUUUUUUUUUUUGCUCAAUAGAGGAGAACACAAGGGGGACUUUCUCUGAGCAGCUGGGAGCUGGGAUAAUGGCACCCAUUGCUCACUCACUCAUCACUCUUGAACUAUUCUUCACUGGCUCCUUGACUGGCAGCACUUUCAUUAGGAGUAUUCAGAGAAUGAACUUCUGGUGUCCAUGGUUUGACCCCAUUUUGUUUAGUGGAGCAAAAAUACAUCAGUACCUUUAUCUCUCUAGCCUGUUUGUUUUAUGCUUGUGAGAGUAUGGAAAUGAGCGAAUCCAUUAAGUGUUUGGAAUUUAAGAAUGUUAUUUUCUUAUCAUACGGAUGCUAUUUUCUGAUGUCAUGUUGAUGAACCUGUUCGACAACUAUUCACUACUUUUUAGGUGGGAACACAAACUGUACACAACAGUAGCCUUCUUUGUGUAAGUGAACACUUAAUAAACUAGCAAAUGCAUACCUAUGCACACAGAACAAGAAUAGGCUUUUUUUAAUUUGAAUUGAAUUGCUGAAUUACUAUGCUAAACAAAAAUAUAAACGUAACAUGUAAAGUGUUGGUCCCAUGUUUCAUGACAGGAAACAAAACAUCCCAGAAAUGUUCCAUAUGCACAAAAAGCAUAUUUCUCAAAUUUUCUGAACAAAUUUGUUUACAUCCCUGUUAGUUAGCGUUUCUCCUUUGCCAAGAUAAUCCACCCACCUGACAGGUGUGGCAUAUCAAGAUGAUUAUUAAACAGCAUAGUUAUUACACAGGUGCACCUUGUGCCGGGGACGAAAUAAAAGGCCACUCUAAAAUGUGCCAUUUUGUCACACAACACAAUGCCUUAGAUGUUACGUUUUGAGGGAGCGUGCAAUUGUCAUGCUGCCUGCAGGAAUGUCCCUUAGAACUGUUGCCAGAAAAUGUAAAUAUUAAUUUCUCUUCCAUAAGCUGCCUCCAAUGUCGUUUUAGAUAACUGGCCUCACAACCGCGGACUACAUGUAAUCACGCCAGCCCAGGACCUCCACAUCUGUGCUGAAGAGUAUUUCUGUCUUAAAUAAGCCCUUUUGUGGGGAAAAACUCAUUCUCAUUGGCUGGGCCUGGCUCCCAAGUGGGUGGGCCUAUGCCCUCCCAGGCUCACCCAUUGCUGCGCCCCUGCCCAGUCGUGAAAUCCAUAGAUUAGGGCCUAAUGAAUUUAUUUCAGUUAACUGAUUUCCUUAUAGAACUGUAACUCAGUAAAAUCUCAGAAAUUGUUGCGUUUUUAUAUUUUUGUUCAGUACAGUUUAUACAUGUAAAAUAGCAUGGACAUCAUGUACAUUUUAGUUUUAUACAUCGAUUUUGUACAAUAUUGUUGACGGUAUUUGUAGGAAUCCAUGACUUCAUAGCAUGUUCUGUACUUAUGGGGACACUACACUCUAAAAUGAAAGUUUGUCAGGUGUUUUCAUACCUCAAAAGAUACAUUAUGUUAAGCAACGUACACAUCCCAAUCCAUUGGUUUUGUAGAUUCAACGAUAAUGUCACAACCCCAAAUGAAUGAUAAAAAUGAGCACCAGAGAUGUUUAUGAAUGAAAAAUUGUGCCCAUUGUGCUCAUCUUUUCAAUUCAUAAACAGAUCAGUACCAAGAUAAGCACCAUGGUGUCCAUCUUUUCCAUUCAUAAACAGAUUAUGUGCAGAACUUUUCCAUUGAAUUUGGGAUUGAGAAUUACAGCGGUAACAAUACAAUCAAUGGUGUUGGACAUGGAUCCACCUUCACAUUAGACUUCUUUUGAGGUAUAAAAACAUCUAACAAACUUAGAUUUUGGAGUGUAUUGUCCAUUUAAGAAUAUUCUUAUGUGGAACAGAAACAUUGUUCAUGAGUUCAAUGGACUUUUCUCUCAACCAGCUCUAUCUAUGACAUUUAUUCACAUCAUUUCAAAUACUUAGCAUUAUUUGUAAACUACAUGAUUGGCUUGUAUGACUAAAUUUCCUUUUGUAUGUUUUUGUAUGAGGAGUUCUGUCUGUUUGUUGACUUCGAGGAGUUUAGAAUGAUGCAUUCUUGUGUACAGUAAAGGAGUUGAGUAUGAAUAAUGUAAAAAAUAAAUUUAAACUAUUCCGACCACA